AUGUCCGAAGAGCUCAACUUCAACGGCAACGAACUUGUCCAGUUCCAAACAAUAUUUGUUGUAGGCAAUGUAUUAGGCCUCGUCCCGUUCAUCUACCUCUUUCCACGAGUGCCCAUGCACUAUUUGGUGCCUACCUUAGACCUUGGCUGGGGAAUAUUCACUCUUUUGCAAUACCGCGCACAGAGCUAUGGGGAAAUUAUGGCCUACCGGUUCAUGGUCUCCAUCUUCGAGGCUUCCUAUUUCCCUGGUGUCGAUUUUGUGUUGGGCUCUUGGUACAAAUCCGACGAGAUCGGCAGGCGAGGCGCUGCGACAACCUAUCUGGAUGGACAUAGCGGAUUGCCGGGUUGGAGAUGGCUCUUCGUCAUCAACGCGAUAAUUACUCUUCCACUUGCCUUCAUCGGUUACUUCAUUUGGCCCGGCACGCCAGCAAAGCCCAACAAGCUCGUGAUAAGUGAGCACCAGCUGGCGCUGGCCAGGUCUCGAUUGGAAUGCCAAGGUUCGGUCGUCAAAAGCGUCCCCUUCUCUUGGUCACUGCUUAAACGAAUCUUUAAGAACUGGAGAUUCUAUAUCCUGAUCCUCUGGGACGUGUUCUUCUUCAACACCAGCGCCAACACAGCAGCCUUCUUGCUGUGGAUCAAAAGUCUACAUCGGUAUGACAUAGCCACGAUGAACAAUCUUUCCGCUAUCAGUCCAGCACUGGGGAUCUUCUUCGUCCUCUUCAUCAACUUCAGCGCCGAUCUAUGGAUCUCGCGAGCUGCAGCUAUUACUCUCGCUUCAGCUUUUAACUUCACCGGGCUCGUGAUCCUCGCGGUCUGGAAUGUCCCCGAGGCCGCGAAGUGGUUCGCCUUCAGUGUUUCGCAUUCGGCUGUGGCUGUCUCUUCGGUGCUCUACGGCUGGGCCAACAUCAUCUUGAAGGACAACAUCGAAGAGAGGGCAUUGACGCUUGUGCUGAUGACUGCUAUUGCCACGUCAACCAACGCAUGGAUUCCAUUGUUGAUUUAUCCGACCGUGGAGUCGCCACGGUUCCCUAGAGGCCACGUCUACUCGGCUUGCAUGGUCUUAUGCCUUGUUACAAUGACACAUAAUAUCCUACCUUUUUGGAAGCGACGGACAACAACGAUCAAAGACCGCACAAAGACUUAUAGAGGUCGAGCCAGAGACUGA